CUUCAAAUACAAAAUCGAGGGUUUCUUUCCCUCUUCUCUCCUUCUUCGUCGAGGCAAGCUCCCACAGUCCGUCGAGUCAAGCUCCGUCCAUCCGAGGCCGGAUUCUAUCGUCCUCCGCGGCAAGCGCUGUCCAUCAGAGACAAGAUCCUACUGUCCGUCGAGGCAACUUCCGUCCAUCCAACGAGAAGGCUCCAUUGAUGUUUCCUUUGUGAAAGAGAUUCACAGCAACCAUGAAAAUUUCAAAGGGAACGCUGGCAUCUUUGAGAGCUUUUAGUUCUCUCCUCUCAAGACCACCUUGCACAUCUCGUCCUCUCCAUUUCCAGUCGAUUCCUUCUUCAAAUCUCCUCCCAUCUCUUCCUUCUCCUCCUGUCCAUCAUCAUUAUCAAACUGUCAAUUUCUCAUCCCAGCCAAACUCCAUUUCUGAAUUGAUUCUCUCCAACCCAUGGUCCAAAGACAUCGAAGUUGAGCUACAAAGUUCCAUCCCCACCCUAACCCAUGAAUCUGUGCUAUACGUGCUGAAGAAACUCCAGAAAUCCCCCCAAAAGGCUGUCAAUUUCUUCAGGUGGGCCUCUGUCGAGAAGUUGUCAAGCAUCAGUGCUGCGACAUAUGGUUUGAUGCUCAGGAUCUUGGCUCACAAGGAAUGGAUGAAGGAGUUUUGGAUCAUGGUCUAUGAUCUUUCCAGCCAAGGUUUUGAGAUCGAUAAGGCAACCUACGAUACACUCAUGAGUACUUUUGGGAAGGCAAAGAUGGUGGCUGAGACUGCAGCUUUGUCGAAACUCUACUCUCAGAUGGCGGAGAAGAGUGCGACUGAUGCGAACGUGAAUGCUGUGAUUGGGAUCGUUUCAGGAUCUGAUUGGGAUGAAGAUGCCAAGAAAAAAUUGGACGACCUUAAGCUUUCGUUGUCGGAUGCUGUCAUGGUAAAGGUCUUGAGAGAAGUCCGCCUGUACCCUCUCCGGGCAUUGGGAUUUUUCAAUUGGGCUGGGAAGCAGCCUGGUUACGAGCACAGCGCAGUCACUUACAAUGCAGUUGUGAGGAUUCUCGGGCGGGAGGAUUUUAUUGAGCAAUUCUGGAGCAUGGUCAAGGAAAUGAAGAGCCAAGGGCAUGAGAUGGAUAUCGACACUUAUAUAAAGCUAUUGAGGCAGUUUGUGAAGAGGAAGAUGAUGAAGGAAGCAGUCGAGCUUUAUGAGUUCAUGAUGGAGAGCCCUUAUAAGCCUUCAGCUCAGGAUUGUAAUGUGCUCCUGCGGCAGAUCUCGCUGACUGGUAGCCCGGAUCUUGAUUUGGUUUUCAGAGUUGUGAGGACCUAUGAAGCAGCUGGACACUCUCUGUCGAAGGCUGUUUAUGACGGGGUUCAUCGAUCUUUGACUAGUACGGGGAGGUUCGACGAGGCAGAGAAGAUUCUGAAGGCCAUGAUGGAUGCCGGGUUUGAGCCAGAUAACAUAACUUACAGCCAGCUGGUGUUUGGACUCUGUAAGGCCGGGAGGUUGGAUGAAGCAUGCAAGAUGUUGGAUGAGAUGGAAGUGCGGGGAUGUAUUCCAGAUCUCAAGACAUGGACAAUUCUGAUCCAAGGGCAUUGCCUUGCAGGCGAGGUGGACAAAGCGCUUUCCUGUUUUACAAAGAUGAUGGAGAAGAACUGCGACGCCGAUGCUGAUCUGCUUGAAGUCUUGGUAAAUGGUUUGUGCAGUAAGAAUAAGGCAGGUGGUGCAUACACCCUGUUUGUUGAAAUGGUUGAGAAGGCUCGUUUGAGACCUUGGCAGGCCACGUUCAAGCAUUUGAUACAAAAGCUGCUGGGAGAGGGGAAACUUGAAGAAUCAAUGAAGCUCCUGCAUCUAAUGAAACGCCACAACUUUCCGCCUUUUGGUGACCCUUUCGUUCACUACAUAUCCAAGUUCGGGACAGUGGAAGAUGCUGUUGGAUUCUUGAAAGCAUUGACCGUGAAGCAAUCCCCAUCAUCUUCAGCAUAUCUUCAUGUUUUCGAAUCCUUCUUCAAGGAAGGUAGGCAUUCUGAGGCCCAAGAUCUGCUCUAUAAGUGUCCUCAUCAUAUCCGUAACCAUGCUGACAUUCUGCAACUCUUUAGUUCUAUGAAACUUAGAAAUGCUGCCUGACCAUUCAUUAACCCGUCCGGCACGUCAUGGAUAUGUCUUGAAAUCUUCAUCUCUAUUGUGCGUGCUUAAUGUUUUAAAUAGAUGCCUGCCUUCAGUUCUAGUGACAACAUUUAAGAUUUCCUUUGAGAAAGAGAUACAUGGUCGGGAAUGUUUAUUGAUUCUAUACAGAAAUCAAGGGUUUAAUUCACAAGACAUCUUAUCAAUGCGGUUUGUGCAAUGAAAAAAAAAAAAAAAAGCUUUUCGACA